AUGCCUGGCAUCGAUCCCCAGAUCAUCUGCCAUCGCCUACACGUCAACCCAGCCAUCAAGCCUGUAGCGCAGAAGAGACGCAACUUCGCCCCCGAGCGAGUCGCCAUCAUUGAAGCCGAGAUCGACAAGCUUCUAGUUGCCGGUUUCAUUGAAGAAGUCUCAUACGCAGAAUGGCUGGCGAACGUUGUUCUAGUAGCAAAGAAAGAUAAAGGCCUGUGGAGAGUGUGCGUCGACUAUACUGACCUCAACAAGGCAUGUCCUAAAGAUAACUUUCCACUGCCGAGAAUUGACCAGCUCGUCGAUUCAACUUCCGGCAAUCAACUGCUAAGCUUCAUGGACGCCUACUCCGGUUACAACCAGAUCAUGAUGCAUGAAGACGACAAGGCAAAGACCUCUUUCAUCAUCGAAAGAGGUACCUACUGCUACAAGGUCAUGCCCUUUGGGCUGAAGAACGCCGGAGCAACCUACCAAAGGCUGGUGAAUAAAAUUUUCAAGGAGCAAAUUGGCAAGACUAUGGAGGUCUACGUAGACGACAUGCUAGUCAAAGCUCCCGAGCGAGCAGACCACAUCGAGAAUCUUGCCGAGGCAUUCAGCAUACUCCGAAAAUACAACAUGAAGUUGAACCCGAGCAAAUGCACAUUUGGAGUCUCGUCCGGCCGAUUCCUUGGAUACUUAGUCACCCAAAGAGGAAUUGAGGCACAUCCAAAUCAAAUCAAGGCUAUACUCAACAUGAAGUCACCUGCCACAACAAAGGAGAUACAAAGUCUAACGGGUAGGGCGGCAGCUCUCAACCGAUUCCUCUCUAGAUCUACCGACAAAUGCAGGCCAUUUUUCAAAGCCUUGAAGAAGGGACACAAGGAUAAGUGGGAUGACGAGUGUGAAGUAGCUUUUCAAAACUUGAAAACUUACCUCACUUCACCUCCAUUGCUCUCAAAGCCGAUACCAGGCGAAGACUUGUACAUCUACCUAGCGGUGUCCGACUCAGCUGUCAGCUCAGCUCUCAUCCGAGAAGAGCUGGGGGCACAACAUCCGGUAUUCUACACUUCAAAAGCUCUCCUCGAUGCAGAGACUCGCUAUCCGAAAAUGGAGAAGCUCAUUUUUUCGCUUGUGGUUUCUGCGAGAAAGUUAAGGCCAUACUAUCAAGCACACCGGAUAAUUGUCAUAACAGAAUUUCCUUUGAGAUCGAUCCUUCACAGCCCCGACGCUUCUCAGCGACUCAUGAAAUGGGCUAUCGAACUCAGUCAAUACGACCUCCUCUACCGGCCGAAGACUGCUAUAAAAGCCCAAGCUUUAGCAGAUUUUGUUGUAGAGUUUACUCCGACAGCCGAAGAAGAGAAGAUGGUUACGAAAAGCAAGGAAAAAGCGGACGACACCUCCCCCCACCGAUUCGAACCUACCUAA